UCACGGAAACAAUGCAAAAUUCCAAUUUUAAUUUCGAAAAAGCUUUUUUUGUUACAACAACAGCCCUUCGUUUUGGCGGAACGUAUCACUUUAAAGGAAUAAAUAUAUUAUGGGCAUUUCGAUGUCUCAUAUUUUUCACAGUAUCAUUCGUGGUUUUUAUAUUUACUUCAAAUGCAGUAUUAUUUUACGAUAUUCCAUCAGGAAAUUUUUAUGAAGCAAGUAAGAAUGGCGCCAUAGGUGUCGUAGCCAUUAAUAUUAUGACUAAAUAUUUAUUUUUAUUUAACAAUAGAAAACUCAUUCAAGAUUUCAUCGACUUGGUAAAUAAAGAUUAUGAAGUAUUUAAAAAAGAAAUACCUGAAGAGAAAGAGAUAGUAAUAAAAUAUUCUAAAAAAGGCGCGAGAGUUUCAACAUAUUGGUUGAUUAUAAAUAUAGUGUUGAAUAUUACUGCCCCUUUGACAGCGUUACUCGAGAUGAGUUACUAUUACUUCAUAUCGGAAUUCAAAUUUGUUCCCGUAUUUGAUUUGAGGUACCCAACCAGGUUAGAAAUAAUUAAAGAGACUCAAGCUACAUUUUCUUUAUUAUUUAUUUUCUGGUGUAUUUUCGGAGUUUGUACCGCUGUUAUGUUAAUAGGGUUUGAACCUUUGAUACCCAUAUUUUUAACACAUGUUUGCGGUCAACUGGAUAUACUCAGCAGAAGAAUGUUAGAAAUAUUCUCUCACAGAUCCGACAUAUGCGCUCAAGACAGAAAGGAAAAAUUAAAACAAAUCAAUGUGAAGUUACAAGAGUUAUAUAAGUAAGUACUUUCUUAUUAAAUUGAAUAGAAAAUUCUUUAUUGUUAAUAUUACAUAAGUUAAAG